CGUGAGAGUCGAGUCGGUCAUCUAUCGGCUUUAAAAUGAAGUACCUGACGUGUGUGUUGCUCCCGUUGCUCGUAAUUCCGGCUCUGAUCGACGCUCAUCCCGGCACAGUGGUUGUGAACGGCGUCUGUCUGACUUGUCCCAAUCCAAAUGGAGAGCCCGUCUACUUGGAUGGCCAGGAGUACCGCAGUUUCUCCUCCCCGGGCAGCAAUGGCAAUGUGGUAAUCUCGCGGGGAAGCGAUGGACGAGGAGGUGGAGGUGGGACGAUUUACCGCAGAGGCGGAAACACCAUCGUCAAUGGGCGGUGUCAGCACUGCAACGUGGAUCUCUCUUGAAGGCACCACAUUAAAGUCUGAACUUUGAAUUAAAAGUCCACACAUGUUGUGAAUCAAUCAAAUUUA